AUGCUUAAAAGAAUUGUUAAUUGGUUUCCUCGAUUCUCAUAUUAAUUCGGAGGAGUCUAUAAAUUUGUCAUGGAAGCAAAUGAUUUGUAGGAAAUAGAGAAAUUAAGUGAAGAGAGGAUGAUCUUUUUAAAUUGUUAUGCUUCUUGGUCCUCAGAAUGCAAAUAAUUCAAUUAAACAUUACUGGGACAUGUGAGACAGUAUGAGAAUGUAGGCACACUUAUUAAUGUCGACAUCAAUAAGAAUGAAGAAAUUAAGUAAUAAUUGUAGAUUCAAUCCAUUCCCUUUGUAGCUUUGGUUUAUAAGAACUCUUUCAUAGAUAUAUAUUAGAAAAAUUAAAAUUUAGAGAAUUUCAUUGCUUCUAUAGAUCGUUUAUCCAAGGAGAUAAAGGGAGAGGUAAUAGGGGACAAGAUUAUAGUGGAGUUGAAUCAGCAUUCCUUCAAAGAAAAUGCCCAAGAAUUGAUUAAAUUAAGUGCUUCAGGUCUGGAAAACGAAAGAUUAAAACAAUAUUAUGAUAAGUUUAGACUGUACUAGGCUAAGGGACAUGUGUUAUUAGGGUAAUUUGAUAUGGCGGAGGCAUUGUUCAAGUAGAUUGAAAGGAAAUAACAAGACUAAGAAUUUAAUAAACUACACUAGGAGAUCACGGAAUUCUAUAAAAUGAUUAAGGAUUGGCAUGAACUACCUCAGACGAUAAAGGAGGAGUUGCAAGAAUUGGACAAGAGACCAGAUGAUUUGAAUUUGAGAUUUCAGAUUAGUGAGAAUGCUAUAAGUCAUAGAAAAUACGAUUUGGCUAUAGAUUUGUUAUUGGAUUUAGUAAGGAUUGAUAGGAAUUGGGAGGGCAGGAAAGCACAGAAGAGUUUACAAUAAAUUUUUAGGGAAUUGGGGUCGCAAAAUGAGAGAGUAAUUAGGAGUCGUCAUGAAUUGGCGUAGUUAUUAUAUUGA